CUGAAGGGGCGGGACCUGGGCGUGAGGGAAUCUAAGCUGCUCUGUGGUGCAAGAUGGCGGACAUCUCUUUGGACGAGCUUAUCCGGAAGCGCGGGGCUGCGGCAAAGGGACGGCUCAGUGUCAGGCCAGGAGCUGGAGGCGUCCGGUCUCACGUCGGGGUCCAGCAGAGCUUUCUCGGCCAGCCAGCGCGCACGGCCGCCUUCCAGCAGAGGUUUGACGCUCGGCAGAAGAUCGGCCUUUCGGAUGCCCGGCUCAAGCUGGGCGUCAAAGAUGCCCGGGAAAAGCUCUUGCAGAAAGACGCCCGUUUCCGGAUCAAAGGGAAAGUGCAGGACGCCAGAGAGAUGCUGAACUCCCGCAAGCAGCAGGGCACGGUGCCCCCGAAGCCCCACCAGGUGGCUGAUGCCCGGGAGAAGCUCAGCUUGAAGCGGAGUGCCCCUGCUGCCUUCAUGAGCCCCCCCGUCGGGACAGUGACCCCGGCUCUGAAGCUCACGAAAACCAUCCAGGUUCCACAGCAGAAGGCCGUGACCCCACCCCAUGCCCAUUCUGCUGGAAUGAGGAUUAAUGUCGUCAAUCACCACCAGUCCAAACAGAAUGUAUAUGACCUGGAUGAAGACGAUGACCUUGCAGCUCCCAUUCCGAGUAAGAUGAAAUUUGCCGUCUCGGGCAGCUUUCUCCACCACAUGGCCGGGCUGAGCAGUUCCAAGCUUUCCAUAUCCAAGGCCCCCCCCCUUACCAAAGUGGUUCAGAACGAUGCCUACACAGCGCCUGCUCCCCCUUCUUCGGUGCGAACAAGAGCCUUGACCAGCAUGUCCCGGACACUAGUGAACAAGGAGGACCCCCCCAAAGAGCUGCCGCCCGCUGAGCCUGUCCUCAGCCCUUUGGAAGGCACCAAGAUGACUGUGAACAACCUGCACCCUAGAGUCACCGAGGAGGACAUUGUCGAGCUUUUCUGUGUCUGCGGCGCCCUGAAGCGGGCUCGGCUCGUCCACCCCGGGGUAGCGGAGGUGGUCUUCGUAAAGAAGGAUGACGCCAUCACUGCGUAUAAGAAAUACAACAACCGGUGUCUGGACGGGCAGCCAAUGAAGUGCAACCUUCACAUGAACGGGAACGUCAUCACCUCGGACCAGCCCAUCCUGCUACGGCUGAGCGACGGUCCCUCGGUGAGAAAGGAGAGCGAGCUUCCCCGCAGGGUGAACUCGGCCGCCUCGUCCCACCCUCCCGCCGAAGUGGACCCGGACACCAUCCUGAAGGCGCUCUUCAAGUCCUCGGGGGCCUCCACGGCCCCGCAGCCCACAGAGUUCAAGAUCAAACUCUGAGGAGGGAGCGAGGCGGCCGGAGCAGGGGCAGAGGAGAGCGACUCUGCGUCCCGAAGCGACGCUGGUGACCGGUGGGCCGCGGGGCCGGGGCCCCGGCAGGGGGUGGAGCUUCCUCGCUGGACGGGACUGCCUUUCUGUGCUGUGUUCUGCCCUGUGCUCCCUGUGCGGUAACGUGUCCCGUAGUGUGUUUCUCUCCCUCCGCCUUCUCGCCAAGGUAGGUUCGUGCUGCCCAGAGUGUCUCUCCCCCUGACCUCGGCCCCAAACUGGUUUCUUACCUGGAAAUACGUCCUGAAUUCUCCGUGUGGCUUCCUUGUGGCUCUGUGGCGUACGGGGCAGGGCUGUUUGAAGGACACCCCUUUCCCCAGGGGCAAGGGGCCGCCUCCCAUUUCUGCUUUUCAACUUCGCAAACAAAACGGAGAACGGAAGCCUCUGCCGUCCUAACGGGGCCGGGGCAGCUCCAGGGCUGGGCCGCCCACCUGCCUGCUCAGUGGGGUGGCCGGCUGGGCAUCGGCUCACGGGCCUCUUGGCCUUCCAGCACACCGUGGUCUGGGGAGGGCCCUGCUGGUGCGGGUGGUCGGGUGGGGGCGCUGCCGCUCUGCUGGGAAGAGGGCACCCCAGCUCCUGGCCUGAGGGUCCGUGCUGCCUCAGGCCCUGCAGAGUAAAUCCCUGGUCACGUUUCCCUUUCCCACUGGGGUACGUCAGGGAGGGCCCCCAUCCCCACCAGCUCUCGUGGUCUCUGGUUAUCCCUGCGGGGAGGGUUUGCAUUGCUGGUUCCUCAAGUUUCACUAGCCAAGCGCUAAUCACGUCCUGAUUUUGCUUUCCCCUAGUUCUGUGACGUGGGGUUUGGAGGGUUACUGAAAGGGGGGAUGUUGGCUUGCUCCUGGCGCUUUCUCUCUGGCCUCGGAUGUCCAUAGGGCAGUAGUUAGGGGUGCUGGGAGCAAAUGUGAUUGUAACCACCAAGGGGCACGAUCUCCAUUAUUAUAAGUGACCUGUCCGUCGGUGACCAGAGAGAGAGCUUCCUGCCUUGGCAGUAGGGGGAGGGGAGUGGUGGGUGGUGAGGAGGGGUUGAGCGAGGAGAGCAGCCCUUCCAGGCGGGCAGUGGGUUGGUCCCUCGGCGUGGUUCCCGGGAGCCGGGCAAACCUGUAGAGCCCGGGGCAGCUCUGACGGCGCUGCUCCAGAGCCACUGUCAGUCUCCCACCGGUUUUGGGGACUGCACAGGGAGUCCGGGCUGACACAGCCAGAGGGAGCUGGGGAGCAGGACUCCGGGAGCUCUGCCGAGUCAGCAGCAAGGUCCGUGAAAGGCACAAGCCUAGCAAGGAGAGGGGGCUGAGGCACUAAGGACCUCCGUCUGGGCCAGCCCAGGGAAGAAGAGCCUGGACGAUCGUGUUUCCUCAGAGUUGGAUCUGUCAGGCAGGAGGGACCCAGGGUUCGAGCCCACCCUCCAGCCUCGAGGUUGCCCAGGCCAGCCCAAGGGAUGUGCCUGGUGGUGCUCCCCCUCCCCGUUCUUAAAGAGUGCAGGUUUUGUUCCCUUCUUCCCCUUCGAAUGGGUGCGGAUUUGAUUCUCAGCAGCUGGAAGACAUUCCUCCGACACUUUCCUGAAACUUCUUGGCCCGGGAGAGCACCCAAGGCAGUAGGACCUGACUUCUCGGGUCCUGAGCCCGGUCUGGCCACUGCCCAGCCUUGGCUGUGCACGGGGAUGAGAAGCACCCUGCCCACCGGUUCUGCCCUCCUCCCCCUCCAGUCCCACGCCAGCUGCUCUGCGGCCAGAGUUCGCCGAGCCGCUGCCGCCCUGGCCGUCUGGACCCGGUCCUUGGGGCCGCCGCGCGGCACGUGGUGGGAUGAAGCCUGCCCGCCUCCCGGGUCUGCACGGCGCCAUGGAAAGGAGGGAAGAGGAGGCGGUGGGCCGGUCCUUGUGUCCUCAACUUGCUACUCCCUACCUUUCUCCAUCUUGUCUCUUCUGUUCAAAGGAAGAGGGAAAGGCAUUAAGGGAUGGAGAAGACUCUGUUACUUAAUACAUUUCUGAAUAAAUGUUUGUUAUUCCUA